CUCCUUCUUUACAUCGGUCAUGACAUACAAGAUAAAGAUAUUCCCCAUCGUACAAAGCUGACGGAGCUCAUCCUGAAGCAGUAUGAGAUACAUUGGCAUGAAAUGACUCGUGAAAUGAAGGCUUCGUUGGGUCGAAUAUCAUUCACUUCUGACAUGUGGACCAAUGGUAUUCUCAAGGGAUUCAUGGCCAUUACUGUGCACUAUAUGAUGAAAGAUGCAGCUGGUCACCUUACAAUGAAGUCGCGUCUGAUU